AGUGCGUGUGUGGUUUGAACGUGAAAUGCUUUAAGUGCACGGUUUCUGUUGAGACGCUGUGAUUAGGAAAAGAUCAAUGGGGAGAAAUUGUGGACGACCUUAAAAGCAGCUUUCACUCUUCGCCAAGUUAAUGUCAAGCCUACAGGCGCAAUAAUGCAGCCCUGGGAAGCCAAGUGGAUCAUCUGCUGACCUGCUGUUUCUCUCUCUCUCUACAUAUAUAACAUAUAUAUAUAUAUUUAUGUGACCUAACUACCGUUUACUUUAUCUACACCCGCACUUUUUGCCACUCUGUGUGUGCGCGCGCGCGCGUGUGUGUGUGGGUGGGUUGUUUGGUUGGCGGCGGUGCGCGUGCAGGUCAGUGAUGUUUACGUUUUCAUAGCACGGGCGGCGGAUACACUGAGCGCGCGCGCGUGCAGCAAGGCUACGGACACAGAGCGCCCUCACGCACGCACGCGCGCAUAUCACGAUCGGUCGACACCGCGAGGCGGCGCGUAACCGACACCGACACCGUGCCUGUUUUUGUUUUUCUUGUGCUUUCGAGGAACGCGCUUGACGUUUGUUCGAAGCUCGAGGAGCGUUUCCGGUUCUCGGGACUCGCGCACAUCAUGUAUCCGCAUGGAAGACCGCAGGCUCCGUUGAUGCCAGGCCACGCGGGCAUGAAGUUCACCGUUCUGGAGACGUUGGACCACAUCAAAGAGGAGUUCCAGCUUUUCCAGGCUCAGUACCACAGUCUGAAGUUGGAAUGUGAGAAAUUGGCCACGGAGAAGACCGAGAUGCACAGGCAUUACAUCAUGUACUACGAGAUGUCGUAUGGGCUGAAUAUCGAGAUGCAGAAGCAGGCGGAGAUUGUGAAGCGGCUCAGUGCUAUAUGCACUCAGAUUAUCCCUCUCCUGUCCCAAGAGCAUCAGCACCAGGUGGCUCAAGCAGUUGAAAGAUCCAAGCAUGUGAGCAUGGCUGACCUGAAUGCUAUCAUAGGGCAGCUCCAGCACCUGUCCCAUCAUGCUCCAGGCUUCCCCCUGACACCACACCAGUCAGGCUUGUCUCUCGGAGCAGGAGUCGGUCUCAUGGCCCUCCCCGGAGCUUUCCCAUUCCCCCCACAUCUGGUGCCUAAAGACGACGUCGCUCACCUCGAUUCUGUGGAUCCCAGAGACGGUGCUCCAAACAGGAGUUUUGCAGAAUCGGCUGCAGUGAGUCAGUCUGUGGCUCAGAGGCUGCCUCUGCCUCUAGGCUGUUCAGUCGAGUCGGUGACGGACAGCAAGAGAAGCAGCGCAGAAGGAAAACCUCGAGUUCCCACACCCCGGGACAGAGACGUGGAAAAAAAUGAGGACAGUUUGAAACGGGACAGCACUAAAGAGAAGAGCGUAUCUCCAGCAGCGGGGUCUCCCAGGUCCGCUGAUGGGAACGGCGUGGACAGCCGAAAUUCGUCCAGAGACGUCCGAUCGCCUUCCUCUGGCUUCUCGCAUACACACACACCCAACCAGCACAAGAGCCCUCCUCAGGAGAAAGCUCGCUCUCGUUCUCCAUCUCCUUCACAUGACGCUCCAUCUCCUGCACCUCUUCCUCCUCCUCCUCCUGCUUGUCCUCUGUCCUCCCCAGCAUGCGCUCCCUCUCCUCCUGUCCAGCACUAGGACCCCACUCCGCUUCAUGGAGUGAGACGGGUGGGAGAUGAAGUGGCCCUCCCUCGCCCACCCACCAAACCCAGCACACACCGGCUCCGUCCCAUAGUGCAACGGGGUCGAGGUCCAGGUGCCUUGCAGGGGUUGUGCAUUUGUCCACCGGGUCUUGGAGCUGUACGCAAUCUGCGUUCACUACACUGCAGGGCCAUCCCAGCAGCACAGCUUAGCAUGCCAAUCAAUCAGCUGUUACAGUGAUUGACAGGUCUAUCAGCCAAUCAGGCAGCUGGAGUGCUGUGGCAAAGCUGAGCAUUAUGUAAGCAAGUGAGAACAAGUCCUGUUGACCCUUGAUGACCACGGGAAAUUUAAAACCUAGCAAACAAAGACACAGAAAUUGACUAAUAACUCCUGGAUAAACAACAUCCUUUAAGACUGUUGUGUAGCUCCACCGGAUCUUUGCCGAAGAAGGUGACCUUUAUGUUGUCUUUUAUACUCUCACUUUAUGCACUGAGAGCGUCAUUUCUGCAUUCAUCAUAGCCACAUGUGCACGAGUACACAGACGUCUACUGCUGGAGAUGACUUGAGAUGACUGGAGGACACGAUGAGCGCUCAGGUCGAUCUAGUUUAGUCAUUCUAAAUAGGCUGUAAAGAGACUGUAAUUUUAUAUUAUUAUUUUUUUAAGUCUUUUUUUGCCAUCCUCAGCACAUACCUGCUUAGUUUAGCUCUCACUCUUGCAAAUGCCACUCUAUGCUUUUACUCACUCUGCAACCAGUAUUUCAAGUAUUCAUGUACCUUAGAUUCUUUAGCUGGUCACCUGGAGCCGCCUUCUACAGCAGCCAGGAACAUCAAAUUCCCCAAAUUUUCUUAUAAUUAAAAGAAAAUGACAUAAAAAUGAACUAGGAUCUGUAAUAAAGGGAGUAAUGUUCAGAAUGCUGUCCUAUCAUUAAGAGAUGUGAAGUGUGGAAUUACAUGUAGGGCCACACUGUCACGCUGGAGACACACACGCACACACACACAAGCACACACACACACACACACACACACAGUCAAGCACACACACACAAGCACACGCGCACACACAUUCACGCACGCACACACACAAGCACACACACAUUCACGCACACACACAAGCACACGCGCGCACACAUUCACGCACACACACACAAGCGCACACACAUUCACGCACACACACAAGCACACGCACGCACACACACACACAAGCGCACACACAUUCACGCACACACACAAGCACACGCACGCACACAUUCACGCACGCACACAUUCACGCACACACACAAGCACAUGCACACAAGCACAUGCACACAUGCACACGCACACACACACACACACACACACACACAGUGCCAUUCUUAACUCUAAAAUAUUUCUGCUGUUAGACUGAGUUUCAGAGAAUCGAAACAGAGAGCAGUGAGAAUGUAUUUGAGGAGGAAUUGGAGCCAGAAAUCCAGAUCUCUAUUGGCAGGUCAAUAUUUUAAACAAGACAACCAUCUCAAGUCAACAUGUUUUUUGUAAAAGCACCUUAUAGUAUUAACUUUUUUCAACCUUACCUGAGUGAAUACACAGUAAAGACAGAGCUACUGUUAUUGUAUUGCAUUUGGCUCUUUUUCCACCACAUCUUUUUUAAUUACAGAAGAACUUUUUUUUUUUAUUAGCAUCAAGGCCGUAUGAGGCAAAUAUUUUAUACCCUUUCUAGAUAAAAUUUGAACAAUCCGAACAAUUAUUUUCCACUAAAAUUUGAUCUCCAUUCAGUUUUUACCCUCAAUUUCUUCUCUAUAGUUCUCUAUAGUGUUUACUAAACACUAUCCCAAACACUAUUAACAUUGAAUUUUAUCCCCAGGAUAAAUCUAAUUUAUGACCCUAUAGGAAACACAAAGUCCAAUACAUAUUAUAUGUCUAUUUCUUAGAAAUCAGUUGAAACUUUUCAUUCAGUUGUUGUGCUUUUUGGAGGCAGAUUCGUGCCUGUGCACCGGUCUCUGUAUUUGUGAUACAGCUGAACUGAUUCAAAACAAGUUGGCGAUUGUGACUGAAUCAUGUGCAUGACUCUUUUUAUUACUGUUAUUCAGAAAUAUUAAAUGACUUUACUUUAA